AUGGUGAAUGGCACAUAUAAGAUUAAGAUUAACACUGAUGCGGCCAUCUCAAAUCAGUCGGUAAGAACAGGGAAAGGGAUCAUAGCAAGGAACUGGACGGGGAAACUGAUAAAAGCAAAAGGGAUAAUGGAACGCAAGAAUGGAACAACUAUGGAGGAAGAAGCUUUAGCAGUAAGAGCUGCGCUUGUGAUGGCCAAAGCUGCAGGAUGGACGAAAAUAGAAGUCCAAUCAGACUACAAAUCCGUGGUCGAUCAAAUUAAUGCAAGCAGUGUCCAUGACAUUAGCAUUGCAACAGUUCUAGAGGAUAUUGAGGAGCUGAAGUAA